CACGUGACGGGGAGCGCGAGACAACCCGCUGGCCGGCGCACUUCAGGCUGUGGGCGCGAUGUGGGCCAGCUUCAUGUGGCGCGCGGCGCUGUCCCCGGGCCGCCGCGCUCACUCAGCACUGGCUCAGUUGCGCUGCAUCUUGGACAGCGAGCUGGAAGGGAUCCGCGGGGCCGGCACCUGGAAGAGUGAGCGGGUGAUCACGUCCCGCCAGGGACCGUGCAUCCUCGUGGACGGCAUCUCCGGAGGAAUCCUCAACUUCUGUGCCAAUAACUACCUGGGUCUGAGCAGCCACCCUGAGGUGAUCCAGGCAGGUCUGCAGGCUCUGGAGGAGUUUGGAGCUGGCCUCAGUUCUACUCGAUUUAUCUGUGGAACCCAGAGCAUCCAUAAGAAUCUAGAAGCCAAGAUAGCCCGCUUCCACCAGCGCGAGGACGCCAUCCUCUAUCCCAGCUGUUUCGAUGCCAACGCUGGCCUAUUUGAGGCUCUGCUGACCCCAGAGGACGCAGUUCUGUCAGAUGAGCUGAACCAUGCUUCCAUCAUUGACGGCAUCCGACUGUGCAAGGCCCACAAAUACCGUUACCGCCACCUGGACAUGGCUGACCUGGAAGCGAAGCUGAAAGAGGCUCAGAAGCACAGGCUGCGCCUGGUGGCCACAGAUGGAGCUUUCUCCAUGGAUGGUGACAUCGCUCCCCUACAGGACAUCUGCCGCCUUGCCGCCCAAUAUGGUGCCCUGGUCUUUGUGGAUGAAUGCCACGCCACUGGCUUUCUUGGGCCCACUGGAAGGGGCACAGAUGAGCUGCUAGGCGUCAUGGACCAGGUCACCAUCAUCAACUCCACCCUGGGGAAGGCGCUGGGCGGAGCAUCAGGGGGCUAUACCACUGGGCCUGAGCCGCUGGUGUCCCUGCUACGGCAGCGUUCUCGGCCCUACCUCUUCUCCAACAGCCUGCCCCCUGCUGUUGUCGGCUGUGCUUCUAAGGCCCUAGAUCUGCUCAUGGAGAGUAAUGCCAUUGUCCAGUCUAUGGCUGCCAAGACCCGGCGGUUCCGCAGUAAGAUGGAAGCCGCUGGCUUCACUGUCUCAGGAGCCGAUCACCCCAUCUGCCCUGUGAUGCUGGGAGAUGCCCGAUUGUCUUCUCAAAUGGCGGAUGACAUGUUAAAGAAAGGAAAAUGGCUGACAUCCAGAACAUUUCGCUGGACAGCCCAGGGAGCGUAGGGGCUGUGGCAGUGCCGGUGGUCUUUGCCUUCAUCUUCCUGUUGGGCAUGGUGGGUAAUGGGCUGGUGUUGGCCGUGCUGCUGCAGCCUGGCCCAAGUGCCUGGCAGGAACCCGGCAGUACCACGGAUCUCUUCAUCCUCAACUUGGCGGUGGCCGACCUUUGCUUCAUUCUGUGCUGCGUGCCCUUCCAGGCGGCUAUCUACACACUGGAUGCCUGGCUCUUUGGGGCUUUCGUGUGCAAGACCGUACAUCUGCUCAUCUACCUCACCAUGUAUGCCAGCAGCUUCACCCUGGCGGCCGUCUCAGUGGAUAGGUGAGCUGUACCUGGGGCAGGCCAGAGAGGGACCUGGACAGAUUCUUAUUAGCUAGCAGAAUAUAACUAGGGACCAGACUUUGGUGGGAGGAAAGGAAGGCCUCAGUGGUACCUGCCCUUCCGGCCUCCAGUGUGGACUUCCAGAAGGCAUUUCUAUGCACCCAAGUGUCAGCGCAGGGGGCCUGGUAUAAAUUGGAAUUGUGAAGCUAAGGUCCCUAUACCUUACUCACAU